AUGCCUUCGGACAACCACAUCAAAGCGGCCAUGUCUCUCAUCGAGGACAAGUCUAAGGUCCUUGGUUUGACUAUUGGCAUUCACGAGAAUGUGCAGCCAGGAACAUGGCUCCCCCGCAAGUCAGCCCAAAAGCCCCCGAAACUCUUCUUCGCCGGCGCCAACCCCACCACCACCUACCUCGUUGUGAGCUUGGACAUCGAUGCACCUUUCCCCGCCUUCACAAUUCUGAGCCCCAUACUUCACUGGAUUCAGUCCGAUAUCCAGCUCAUCGGCAAUGCCGCGCUCGCGUUCGAUGCGCCCUUCGUCGCCAAUUACAUCGGCCCUGCUCCCCCUCCUGCCAGCGCGCCCCAUCGAUACCUCUUUUUGCUGUAUGAACAGCCUGAAGGCUUUGAUCUCACGGCCCAUGCGCCUGUUGCUGGCAGGACAGUCAGCAAUUCGAAUCGCAUGAGGUAUGAUCUGGAUGCCUGGGCAGAGAAGGUCAAUCUUGGUCUUCCUGUGGCUUUCAACUAUUUCACCUGCAACUAG